GAAAUGUGUAUGAUCUACUAAAUUCACUUUUUCAGAUCAUAGUAAUUUGGGAUUUGGCUUGCUGAAUGCUGAAAAACUGGUCAAACUUGCUGCGAAAAGUAAAGUCAUGCCACCUAGAUUGAACAUAACAAUAAAGGAAACUCGAAGAAAAACAUCUGCAAAAGAAGUAGGUAUUAACUUUUGUUAUGAAUGUGUAGUACUCAAAGACGAGACAUGCCUGAAUAUCUUAGAACACGUAAUGGUAGAAGUAAGACUCAAAACCUGGAGCAUCCCGUUGCGUAUCGUUUUGAUUUCGCCAAGCGGCACAAAAUCGGUAUUGGUGAAUUAUACCUCUACACAGAAGAAAGAGACGAACAGCGCAGUCUGGUUCACAUCUGUUCACUUCUGGAAUGAAUCGGCCUUUGGAAUAUGGCGUCUGGUAUAUACUGAAAUACAACCUCCAGUUGAUGGGAAUGAUUUUCAACCGUUACUGACGUUAUAUGGUACAAGACAAAGAACAUCAAACCAAACAAAUCGUUCAAACAAUAUCUGUGACAAGAGAAAACGUGACACUGGUAAAACAACAUCUUUUAUUCAUGUAACGUUUGGUACUGAUACCAGCAUCAAGAAAACAUCGACCGCUGAAUCAAGUGCAACUUCCAUCUUUACAGAUGCCGUUAAAUGGUUUAAAAAUUCUCCAGCAAACAUUGUAUUUCCAGUUUUAUUAGGAAUAUUUGCACCACUUCUAUGCGUUUUGAUUCAAAAGAAAACGAAGUUUUGCAUAACUUCAAGAAGGUUGCCCGCAGGUGAACAAAAUUCCUCAAAAGUGUGCCUUAUGGGCGGUUCUGAAUUUAUUCAAACAAUUGAAUAACCAUGUAUAGUUACGUUAGAAUAAAAGCAAUAUUGCCACUUUGAUAAGAGCUUGCACAUUUUAGUAUAAGAAAUCAAGAUACAAGUCAUUCGCAUAAGAAAGUGAAUUUGAAUAUUUUAAUUCCUUAUUAUUACAGCGCUAUAUGUGUGCACAUGUGUACAAAGCAAUAGAGUAUUAUGCAUGAGUUACAAAGUUAUAUUCCGUCUAGUUUCAGCUCAGUUUCCAAACAAUUUUUGUUAUGUAAAGUUGUUCAUAAAUUAGUCGGUACGUGAUUGUAUUAUUCGACUUUGUAUAAAAUGACACUGCUAUAUUUCAGUUCUGAGCCCGCCCGCUUAGCUCAGUAGGGAGAGCGUUGGUCUACGGAUCGCGGGGUCGCGAGUUCGAUCCUCUGGCGAGGCGUAUGUUCUUCGUGACGAUUUGAUAAAAUCUAAAAUCUAAAAUCUAAAGUCUAAAAUCAUUCGUCCUCCACCUCUGAUAAUUCAUGUGGGGAAGUUGGCAGUAACUUGCGGAUAACAGGUUUGUACUGGUACAGAAUCCAGGAAUACUGGUUAGGUUAACUGCCCGUCGUUAUAUAACUGAAAUACUGUUGAAAAACGGUGUUAAACCCAAAACAAACAAACAAAAUAUUUCAGUUCUGAUAUGUCUUAUAUCAAGCUAUAUGUUAAAUAACGGGUUUAGUUUUUGACUUUACAGACACGUAAACGUGAAAUCACCGUUAUGUUAAUGGGAGACAAACAUAAUUUCAUAAAUGAAAAUUUGUGUACAUUUUUAUUUAAAGAACACAACAUGACAAUAUUGACGUCAGUCCGACAUAAUUUGAUUUACAUUCUUACAUAUUAAAAUACAUAUCAGAAUUGAAAUUAUAAAGGCUUAUUGUAAAUUUGAAAUCUUGAAAGAACAAGCCUUUUAAAUAUAUCUUAAAACUGAAAACACUGUAGUCGUUCAGGUCAUUGAACUAUAAGUUUUUAUUUGUAUGUGCACCGCCGUUUGAAUACAUCUGCGGACGUCUCUAAAUUGCUUUUUGUACUUUUAGCAUAUGUAAAUGUUGAGUUCUGCUCAACCCGGGGCUAGGAGGGCGUGGACGGUAGCAUGCAUUUCCACUACCGUCCAUGAACAGGCUCAAUCAAACCGAGCCUGCAACAGUUUCGUUUUUGUCGUGUUGAGCGACCUGUGAAGUUUCCACUUUUUCUUUUUUAUGGUAUCUUUAGUUGCACAGUGUAUCAGUUAUAUUAAGGAGGUAGGUUACCUUAAUAUUUGUAUGUGCGAAUGUUCAACCGGAAUUUAACGUGACGAUUUA